AUGAAGGAUAGCAUCACCACCCCGCUGGAGAAGGAUCCGAAUUUGAUCAUGACUGUAGCUGACCAAGGUCAGGGAGGUCUCGAGGAAAAAACCCGAUCAAAUUUGACCACUCAAUUGUCGAUUGCUCUGACAAAGGAUAGUCCCAUCACGACUCCCAAGCGCAGCAGCAAGCAAAACCCUUCAAAAACAGCCAAGGAUGGAGCAAUGAAAGGUUGCUCGCUCUUUCCAUCUGAAAUUGCCCAAGGUCAGGAUGGCCUCACGGUCAAAGCUCAAUUGAACUCAACCACUCCUUUGCCGAUCAAUUUAACCAAAGAUAAUCCUGAUCCCACGAAUACCAAGAGCCAAUGCAAGCAACCCCCUCCUUUCAAAACCGCCGAGGAUGGCGCAGGGCAAGGACGGCCGCUUGUUGGCUACACCAAGAAACUCAAGGUGUCAAAGUUUUACAGGUUCUACAAGAUGGCUUGGAGGUAG